UUUUUUGUACUGGUCCCCCAUGGGAAUCGAACCAACAACCCUGGCAUUGCAAGCACUAUCCUCUACCAACUGAGCAUCCUCGCCGGUGGGCCAUGUUAUUAAGGUAAUAAUUGUACUUUAGGGACCCUCCGUUGCCUUGUAGUCAGAGGCGUUGUUAGAGGGGGCGUAAUCUUUUUUUAAAUAUAAUUGAGGAGGGAUGCAGAUAGUUGUAGUGCCCCAAAUAAAGUCAGAUGUUAUACCAUGCAUAAGCUAUGCUGAGGGCAGGCUGUAUUAUGUGACAUGACUAAUAUUCCAAGUACAUUUAGAAAAAAAUUAAAUGAUGAAGUGUAUGUACAUCAGAUGUCUGAUUUAAGCUGAAUAAAUCUGAGCAUGACCAACUGUAUUUCAUUUCCUGAAAAGGGCAUGUUUUACUUUAUAUAUAAUGAAUAUUAAUUGGAAGUCUACCUAAAAUCUGAAAUGUAAAAUGCAACUCCUCACUGUAAAAACCGUUGAGUGGUGUAAACAUGCUCCAGGAUGUUUUUAUCUUGUCAUAUUUCAUGUAAUGUGGAAAAUUGGUAACGGCACAGAAACGGCUCAUACUCGCUUAUCUAAAUCCCAUAUCCCUCAAAAACAUAUUCUGGUACCACAUCACCCAUGUCUGCAUUGCAUUCCAAAAGGCACCCUAUUCACUUUAUAGUGCACUACUUUUGACCAGGGCCCAUGGGACUCGUCAAAAGUAGUGUACAAUAUAGGUAAAAGGGUACCAGUUGGGAUACACACAUACUUCUAACACCAUCUGGACCUUUCAUUUCCACGACCCUAAGUGAACUAUUAAUUAAUCAGAACAAGCCCACUUUAUUAAUGAUGUAUGACGUGCACCAUUCACCAUUCAAGGGGUUACCUCAGAUUUGAAUAGGCAUUACCUAAUGAGACCAUCAAAGCUAAACACAUGCACAUGAUGUCAAUGUUUGAUUAUUCUCCACCACCAUGGGUGCAUCCUCAAGUGUUUCCUUGAUUCCUCUUUCUUAGCCGCCUCCUCGAACUGUGUUGGAGGCGACGCCGCGAGAAAUCAAUUAAAUACCAAUGAGAUUUUACCUCCAUGAUCUGAAUUCAGAGUUUAUUGAAAGGAGUGGAUGAUGUGAGAGGGUCAGGGGAUAGCCUACUUCGCCGUAGUAACGGUACCUUGGCAACUGCAGAGUUAAUGGGUGAUAUUUAAAGGGCUGGUGGUGGAUCCCUCCCCCAGGUUUCAUACAGGUUGUAUUCCCUCGCUCUCUGGAUCUGCAGCAUAUCAACAGGCAGGAGAGGUUUGCUUCUGACAGUGACUGACGGAAGUAUGUAAGUCUAGUUUCAUUAGAUUCUUUGCAAGAUGAAUUAGCAUUGAGAUAUUUUUGAUCUUGAUAUUCGUUUUUUGCUACAGGAGUGUGUUUAUAUUUCAAUGUGUUAUGUAGCAACUGGUUGACAGGGAAAUUAUAGUAUUUAUCUAUAUUCAUCUAUUAUUUAAUUUAUUGAAAGUAUAUGCAAUUAAUAUUUAAAAAUGAUGAUGAAUAAGGUUACUUUUACUUGCUUUUCAUGGUAAUGAUCCAGCAUGAAUGUAAUACAUGGAAUGGAUAAAUAGCUGCUCUGAAUUAAUUUCAUCCUAGACAUCAACAUUUGUAUUUCCUUCUGUACCUGCAUACUUAUUCUCAACCCCACGGUACACCACAAUGAUAUGAAAUGAAUUGUAGACAGGUGAGCGUGGUACCAACGAUCCACAUGAGCAAAAGUACAACUGUCAUUUGUGCCUUUCCCAGUUCCCAUUUCAUUUUUUCACAGAGACGAGGAGCGAGGCACAGGGUCACUAUGGGUACCAGCUCCUCAUCGUACGCCCCAAAGACAGUCUACCUAGAUGUGGAUGGGAAAAUGCAGAAGGUGAUUUUCAGUCGAUACUGCAGCCCCUGUGACAUCCGAGAACUGCUGUGUUCUUCCUCUAACAUAGCCAGAAAUACUGCUAUAAGGCUGGUGGACUCCGAGGGAGCGCUGAUCUCCAUCGAUCCCACAAUGCCUACCAACACCCCAAACUCCCAGUACAAGGUAAUGCCUCAGUCGACUGGUCAGGUGGGAGACAAAGAAGACAUGUUCCAGAAUGUUUUGUCUCAGGUGGCAGAGCAAUUUAGCAGGGCUUUUCGAAUCAAUGAGUUGAAGACAGAGGUGACCAAUAGGCUUGCCAUGUUGGAGAAGAGAGUGGAGUUAGAAGGGCUUAAAAUGGUGGAGAUUGAGAAGUGCAAGAACGACCUGAGGAAAUUACGGGAUGAGAUGACCUCAAAGGGAGGAGGAAGAGUGACUUGUGGUUGCAAAUAUAGCUUCACAGAGGACGGAAAGAAACUGUCCCCAAGACGAGACGUUCCAAAUUACCCAAAGUAUACUCUAUCCCAGGAGACCAUAGAAGCUCUGAAGAAACCUACAUUUGAUGUUUGGCAUUGGGAGCACAAUGAGAUGCUAAGCUGUCUGGAGUACAUGUAUCAUGAUCUGGGCCUGGUGAAGGAGUUUAAUAUGAACCCCAUCACACUGAAACGAUGGCUGCUGGGAAUCCAGGAGAAUUACCGCAACAACCCGUUCCAUAACUUCCGCCACUGCUUCUGUGUCAGUCAGAUGAUGUAUGGAAUGAUUCACCUGUGCAACUUAAAAGAGAGGCUCACCAUGACUGACAUGUGCAUCCUCAUGACAGCUGCCGUGUGUCACGACCUAGAUCACCCAGGCUACAACAACACGUACCAGAUAAACGCUCACACAGAGCUGGCGGUGCGCUACAACGACAUCUCGCCCCUGGAGAACCAUCACUGUGCCGUGGCCUUCCAGAUCAUCUCCAUGCCAGAGUGUAACAUCUUCGCAAACAUAGAAACGGAGGCCUUCAAACACCUCAGACAGGCUAUCAUCACUCUCAUCUUAGCCACAGAUAUGGCCAGACACGGUGAGAUACUGGACUCCUUCAAGCAGAACGUGGACAACUUUGACUUCACCAACCACAAGCAUGUGACAUGUCUUAAGCUGGUGCUGAUCAAGUGCUGUGACAUCUCCAAUGAGGUGAGACCCACGGAGGUGGCCGAGCCCUGGCUAGACUGCCUGCUGGAGGAAUACUUUAUGCAGAGUGACAGAGAGAAAUCUGAGGGUCUCCCAGUAGCUCCUUUCAUGGAUCGGGACAAAGUGACCAAACCCACCGCUCAGAUCGGCUUCAUCAAAUUCGUCCUCAUUCCCAUGUUUGAGACUGUUAUGAAGCUUUUCCCCCAGAUUGAGGAGAUUAUGGUGCAGCCUUUGCGGGAUUCUCGAGACCACUAUGAAGAACUUAAACAGAUUGACGAUGCUAUGACUGAGGCACAGAAGAAAAAAACUGAGAGCAAGUCAUUAGGAGGAAAGAAGAAAUAAACUUUUCCUGCAAACUCAUUGGUGCCUUGUAAGUUUAAACAUUAGAUAGAUGUGACGUGCCCUCCUCUUUCACUCUCUGACCAAACUUUAUCCCACUAAUGAUGUAGUUUACAUUUAUCCCAAUAUGAACAGGAUAUUUAGAGGGGACCUGAUCCUAAAUUAACACUUCUACUCUGACACAUGCAGCCCAUAUAGCAUUGGUAGGCCCUAGACUGGUUUCAAUAGUAAGUGUCAUGUGCCAUCUAGUGGUCAUACCAGUGUUACCAUAUGGUUUAUUAGCCCUCAGAUUAAAUAAAUGUAUGAACUUCACAGGCUGGUGAAAGUGCACAGGGAUUUUAAUGCUGCUUUCCAAUAAAU